AUGUCUAAGUCUACGAAGCGUAACGCAGAAAUCGCUUUCGAUUCGAAAGAGAGGGACGGUUCCCACAAGCCAAAGAGGGCGAGAACGAAGAGGAUCCGACCAAUCGAGCAGACGACCACUCUCUUACCCUCGGAAGAACAAUCGCUUGUCGAUAGACAGCUGUCCGAAAGCCUACCAGAGAAUAUAGUCGCAGAAGGUGCAGCGGAAGGUUCCAUUGCUCGAAAACGAGUCAGAGCUAGAGGCGACCGUAAAAGCAAAGGAAUACAAUGUGUGCAGGAUACGAGAGACUCCCCCGGCAAUGCCAGUCCGCCAGUCCCCAACGGAUCGCAAGUCAUCGGGAAGGGAACCCUGAGUGCGACCACUCCAAAGCAAGAAUAUAAGAAGAAGAGGGGGCAGAAAGGGCGAAAAGAGCGACUAGAUAACAGUGAGGAGUCUUUGCGUCCUUUGGAUGAGUUGCCUGCUUUGGAGGCUUCUGAACCUACAACGAUACCAGUGAAGAGUUCGUCAAAUCUAGAACACUCGAUUUCAGAAGAGAAUAACAGCUUUCCUGAAGAUUCAGUACAGCAAAAGUUUGUACAAGCAGCACAGAAGGAUGGCCUAGCAGUAUUCAGUGCUCCAACUGAGUAUGACCAGCAUGCUCUAGUUACUACAAAGAAGAACGAAAAGCAGCGACGAAAGCAGAAAACAUCUUCAGUCUUAACAGAGGUUAAGGGGACGGGUACUACCCUCAAUAUCAAUCGCUGGUCUUUGGCUCCAAGUAAAGGCGGUAUUUUCAUCGACCAAGACCCCCUGUUGACCAACGACGGACAACAUUUAAUUCUUGCGAUUCAUUCGCAAGUGCGAGUAUACUCAACCAAAACUUCAUUGUUGGUUCGGAGUUCGCCCAUAAACCGCAGCUCAAUAGUCAGCUGCGCGUUCUCCACGGUGGAGCCGACCAAAGUGUAUAUUGGAUACACAAACGACACCGUUGCAUUGUGGGACUGGACAACAAACCAAACAACAACUCAAGCCGAUACACAAAGACGUUUGCGCAGGAUCAUCCCUCUGACAUCGCAUGGGGAGGAGGAAGUAGUCCUGGUUCUGCGCCAGGGGGAGGAUAAAAGCAGUUCCGUGAUUGCUUAUCUUAUGGAUCACAAGCAGCAGAACUUCGAAGUUGCUCGCACAGUGCUGGAGCGGCCUUUCAACGUUAUGAAUCUCGAGUCAUAUGCACAGGGGAGUGUGCUCAUUGCUUCGAGCUACGGCAAACUCUUGGUUGGGUACUCUCAAGAUGUCAUUGAAAAUGGAGCACAGAUGACUUACACCUGGAGGGAAAUCAGUAUUGCAGGGUCUGUCACUGCAUUCGACGCACAAGUGCGCCCAAACAAACCAAAUGCUGGAAGAAAGGUACCAACCACGGACUUAGCGGUUGGGCUCAGUUCUGGUAUGAUUAUGCUUUAUCAAGAUCUUCUCUACAAGUUGAUAGGCAAGGAAAAGAAGAACCACAACGAAGACAUCAUUCCUCGAAAGUUGCAUUGGCAUAGGACUGCGGUCAACACAGUCAAGUGGUCACGCGACCAACGAUACAUCAUCUCUGGCGGCAACGAGACCGUCCUUGUUAUUUGGCAGUUGGACACGAACCAGAAGCAGUUCCUACCUCACUUAUCGACUUCGAUUCUGAAUUUGACUGUGUCAGCAAAGGGAUCGGAAUAUGCGCUGCGCCUCGGCGACAACUCUGUUAUGGUUUUGUCAACUGCAGACUUGUUGCCAUCGACAAACAUUAUAGGGCCUGCAUUUCGUGAGGAUGUAAACUUGGCAACGCCAAUGCUGCUACACCCAACGAUCACCAACCGCUUACUUGCUGCUGUUCCGACUAAUGCCCUCAACAAGAAUCAAACACGAGAGAAUAGUUCCUCUUCACUCCAACAGUUUGACAUCGAGUCAGAUUUGCAGAUCAGCCGCCAGGCUCUGACACGAAACACGACUACAACGAAAAAUGUCGCGCCAAAUGGUCAAUUGAUUUCGGAGCCUAACGUUGAUUGCAUGACGAUUAGCCAUGAUGGUAAAUGGCUUGCUACUGUCGAUGUAUGGAGGCCUCCGAGAAAGGAUAUUGAGUCUAUGCAUCUCGAUGGCGACUCACCCGAGUCUCGUGGCCGUUCCACCGAGACCUGCUUGAGGAUAUGGGCUUGGAACGGUGAUGAGAAUGUCUGGGAGUUGGUCACUCGCAUCAACGAGCCUCAUCGUCCCGGUGGUCGUUCCGUACUUGGCUUGGUAGCAAACCCUUGCAAGGCGGAAUUUGCAACGAUUGGUGUAGAUUGGGCGAUACGAAUUUGGUCACCUAAGGCGCGUCAUCGAAACGGAGUCGCGGUCAGGAACAAGUCAAAUGAGCAAUUGUACACAUGGUCCAGCUCAAGGUCCAUCGACUGUGGGCACGAACAUCUUCACAAGGAUGCCCAAACAAUCUCCGCGGCAUUAGCUUACUCGGAUGACGGAUCAACAGUAGCUGCGUCUUGGUCUCGGCCGGGGUCAGAGUCACGGAUCGUGCAUCUUAUUGAUUCCGUGAGCGGCAAGAUUACUUUGUCUCUCCCGGAUCUACUCUCGAGCCGAGACGCGAAGCUAGCAUUCGUGGGACGACAUUUGUUGUGCCUGUCUGACAGGUUCUGCGUCUUCGACACACUCACAGCACACAAUAUCCUUACCAUCAACUUGGACCCAGAGUUUGCUGGACAGAGACAUCUUGCUAUGAACAAAUACGAUGGCACGGCUGCCAUCAGCAUUUCACAGACGGAAAGCUACAAACCAAGCAAGUUACUCGUGAUGAACGUCUCGGCACGGGAGGUCAAGCCUGUCUUCGAAACAUCGGUACCCGGAUUCAUCCAGGGAUUGCUGGCGUCGACCACCGGGACGGGCUACGUGGUGAUAGACAACAAGGCCAGGAUUAGUGCAUUGCGGUCCGCUGGGACUCAGGUCCAAGAGUUGUCGUCAGCCGCAAUGGCGAAGCUCACCGAGCCAGCUCAAGUCAGCAAAAGCCUCGAAGGCAUUUUCGGCCGGCCUGGUCGACCUUCCUUGGCGGUGGGUGAUCGUGUUCAUGAUCAGGAAGAGCUCAGAGCGGACGAAACGAAUGCGGUUUCUUCGUCGAGUUUGGAUCAUGUGUUGAAGUUUAUCUCCUCGAGUCAUGUGCCGAGUCCGGUACAACUAUUUGAGCGAGUCGUUGGCGUGUUUGGUCGACGACAAGAGACCCAGAAUUCCGUCGCUGCUUCUUGA